UUGCGCCGUGACGUGACGUGAACUUCAGUCCUGUCACAAGAGGAGCUGCUUCUUCCUCAGCUUUUACACCAACACACAGUUUGUGCGCAGGCGCGAGAGGACGGCGUAAUAAGAGGGGAAUCAAAUAAAAGGACAUGAGUGUCAGUGGCGCUGUGUCACAACCAGGAGCUGCUGGAAACACACUCUGAACUACUGUCAGUGAACCAUGGAGACAUCCCGCAGAGCCAGGGGCCAGGAGGGACGCUUCAUCUCCGGAGUGGUGGAAGGUUUUUAUGGUCGACCGUGGACUAUGGAGCAAAGAACAGAGCUCUUUAAAAGGGAGCAGAGGUGGGGUCUGAACACGUACCUGUACGCCCCCAAGGACGACUACAAACACAGGAUGUACUGGAGAGACAUGUACUCUGCGGCGGAGGCCGAACAACUCGUGGCCUUGAUUUCAGCAGCGAAGCAGCACGACGUCGAUUUCAUCUACGCAAUCUCUCCAGGUCUGGAUAUUACUUUUUCCAGCCCCAAAGAGGUCGCUUUCCUGAAGAGGAAAUUAGAUCAGGUGAAGGGGUUUGGCUGCAGGUCCUUCUCUUUGCUGUUUGACGACAUUGAAGCCGAGAUGUGUCCGGCCGAUAAAGAGGCGUUCAGCUCCUUCGCCCACGCUCAGGUGGCCGUCACUAAUGAGGUGUACCAGCACCUGGGGGAACCCGACACCUUCCUCUUCUGUCCGACAGAUUACUGUGCAAGAUUCUGCAAGCCCAACGUGUCCCAGUCGUCUUACCUGCACACUGUGGGAGAGAAGCUGCUGCCUGGUGUGGACAUACUGUGGACUGGUCCUAAAGUGGUGUCUCACAAAAUCUCAGUUGAGUCCAUAGAAGAGGUGUCUUCUGUCCUGAAGAGGGCGCCAGUCAUCUGGGACAACAUCCACGCAAACGAUUACGAUCCCCAAAGACUUUUCCUUGGGCCCUUUAAGGACCGACCCACUGAGCUGAUUCCCAAACUGAGAGGAGUGCUCACCAAUCCUAACUGCGAGUUCUACCCGAACUUUGUGGCUAUCCACACUUUGGCGACAUGGUGCAAAGCAACUGCUGAUGAAGGACCCAGGGAUGUGGAAAUGGCAGACGAUGAGGAGCAGGACCCCUGCUACAGCCCCCACAAAGCCCUGACCCUGGCCCUCACUGACUGGCUGCAGGAGUUCCUGAGCACGGAUCAACCUGGAGCUCAUCUGAAGAAGGACUCAACCGAUGAGGAGCCCAUGCAGACAGACAAGGGAGACAGCUCCUACGUUCCUGGACCUGGAGAGAACCCGCUGUACACAGCAGAACCUCUGACCCUGGACGACCUGAAGCUGCUGUCAGACCUCUUCUACCUGCCGUACGAGCACGGGAGCACAGCCAGGGCCAUGCUCCAGCAGCUGGACUGGCUCACGAACAACAGCCGCGCUGCAACUGCAGAGACAGACCAGACAGCGGAGUGGUGCUCACGAGCGCAGCAGUUUGAUGACAUGUGUGAAGCGGUGGUGCAGAUGUUUAACCGCCUGUCAAACGCCCCCAACCGCAGAAUUCUGUACGACCUCUACAACUACAUCUGUGACAUUAAGAGUGGAGUUGGCCUGGCCCGAGCCUAUGUGAAAACACUGGGAGGACGGGGGCAACCCUCCGUCCAGCUUCUGAAUGAAGAACCUGAACCCUGGGACUUCAGAGGAGGACUCUCCGGAGAGUUCCAGAGAAUGCUGCCCGGACACGGUAACAGGGACCUGUUCAGACAUCCUCCCAUGACAGCAGUAUACUGCAUACGACCAUACUGCCCUGAGGACAAGGUGGCGGUGCAGAUGAUUUUCAGAGAGAUGCAGAAAGCAGGAGAGGGCAAAGUUCCCCUGAUGACACAGCCACCACUUAUCUGUGAUAGCUUGUCAACAGGUGACAUCUCCCCUUCCCCUCAGUGUGCUCUCGUCCUGGAGGAUGAGAUCGGGAUGUGCGGUUACGCACUGGCACUCACUGAUGCCAAAUCAGCUGCAGCCAAGAUUCAGAGGGCAACAAGUGACUCAGUGUUUGAGGAAUUCCCAUCCUUGAUCACUGUGCAAAUGCUGCCUCGGGUCACUGACCCCUCUCCAGCCAAGCGAAUGAUUGGUCAGCUAUUGUCCUCCAUCAGGAGCACUGGUUCCAGAGGAGCGUUCUGUGAGUCGAGGCACAGCGAUCAGAGGAAGCUGGACUUCUACACUGAACUUGGAUCCUUCAAACCCAUUAAAGUGGCCGGUCUUCCUCAAGACAUCCUCGCCAUGGCAACAAACCUGUGAACAAAGCUGCUCACCGCUAUUUUACUCAGGUUUGAAUUGUUGAGAUCAAACUGUUCUGUGAAUAAUCACUGAGUUAAAUUUGUCUUACAAACUCUUUUAUGAUUAAACGUGGAAUGCAAAAUGAAUGAUUUUUGUAGCCAUGAAAAUUGCAAAAAGUAUAGUGAUUGUGUUUUAGAGAAAAUGUUUGUAACUGAAAAUAAUAAACAUUUUAAUCAUA